UCGAGUUGCACACCCGAAUUGUGCACAUUUGGGAUGAUCGCAGGGAUGAACCAAUGUUGACCGAUGUGCCCUGACUAUCACCUCCAAGAAAAUAUUACAGAUCGGAGAUGAUUGCCCUUUAGAAUAAACAUUCUAUAGACGGAAGAAAUAGGGCAUUAUAACAUUGUCUUAUGUCAGCAUCAGGAACAGUGACCUCAUACACAAAGGAUUUAACAACACGUCACAUAUUCCAUUUCAGUUCCAACAUGUAUAUACUUCGCUGUACAUGGCACUACAUUCAGACGUUCAAUUCGUGCAAAGGUUAUCGACAGGAAAAACGAAACAGAAAUGGAUAUAUUCGCACUUUAGGGUGCAUAGACAUGCACCUUACGCCAGGUACCCAGGGGAUACAUGUUGACAUCCUAGUUCCUUCCGGGGCCUAUCUUUCUCCUUUCGAGCAACUCGGGUAAAAGUUUUCUGUACCUCAUCAACUGUUCAACUCAUCAACGCUUCAACUCGUUACCGACUCGUCACCAUUCGUCCUAAAGUCAUGGCUCCAAUUCAACAGUCGUCUUCACAAAAACAAUGGGACAAGAAACUGUAGACAGCGAUCUUGGAGAUGAGCGACGGCGUGUACCCGUCACAACAGAAAAGCCAUACACAGGUAUUGCACAUUUAAAACAUGGAAAUGGAAAAGCAAUAGGGACAGGAUUUCUCGUCAAACAUGGCGGCGGGACAUUUUUAGUGACUGCAGCUCAUUGUUUAUGGGACAGAGGAAAGGGAGCAUUCAAAGCUAAAAUUCACAUCAGUCUUGGGAGGGAUGGAGAAUGUCAUCCAUUUGGAACAAUCAAAAAGAAAUCAGUGGACUUUGAAGUUCCUCGGGAAUAUAAAGAAACACAUGGUCGCAAGUACGAUUAUGGAAUCAUCUGUCUGGACAAGGAGAAACACAUGCUCGACAAAUGCUGUGCCUUUGACCUUGAACCACGAACGGAUGAAUACAUUGAGAAUCAGGACCUGUAUAUGUCUGGUUAUCCCGGGAUACCAGAAGAGCGGAGAGAUGGCGUCCCUGGCUGGCCACCUGGCACUCAGUGGAAAAUCAAGUUAACAACAGUCACUGUCAACAAGCGAAGAUUACAGUACCGAGAUGCAACUACACCUGGCAACAGUGGGUCCCCGGUGUACCAGCUGAGGAACGGCAGAUAUGUAGCACAUGGGAUUCAUACGAAUGGUAUUGACAAGAAAAACACGUCAAAUGAAGCUGUUUGGAUUGAUGUUGAUGCCUUGAUGAAACUUGUAAAGAUGGCAUACACACAUCCAAAGAAACAGCAAGGGUGCCCUCAAAACAGAAGUGGUGCUGACAUGACUAAACGUAAUGGCAACCUGGUACCGAACAAUCCCCGGCCGACGUCAGUUGCAACAAAUACUGUUCAAACCAGGCCUCAGGAUCCACCACCACAGCCAAAUGGUAAUGCGCCCGGACACAGAUCUUGGUUAAGCGUCUUGUGGCAUUUUUUAAAUCAAUGUGGGGGAAGAUAGCACAAUAUUUUUGUCGCUGGUUUUCUUAAUUUUGGAACUUUCUGACAGGUAGUAAAAGCAAACAGAUAUUCCUAUUGUAGUCAGUUGGCCAGGGGUGAAAAACAAGAUUUUCGUUCCCACAUUUUCCUGUAGUGGAUGAGUGGGAUAAUUGCAACAAUGCUUAAAACACCAAACUAGUAAACUCAUAAAGUAAAAUGAUGUUUCAAGUUUUUCUGUGAAUUUCAAGAUGGCCGCCAUUUUUACCUGUUUUC